AUUUACAACAUACAACACACACUAGUUAUUUACAAAUUACAACAUAUUAAUGGAUUAAUCAACAAACCCCCCAAGGAGUGUAACUCCAACGGAUAAAUGCCACCAAGCAGGACCUUUACGUACUGCGAAGGUGCACCGUCAUGGAACCCGACGACAUACGUGGCUGACGCGGCGCUACACGAGCACGUCGAAGCACUCCUCUCUAACGACGAUUUCCAAUCCGCUAUCAUCGCCUCAUUCUCGCUACCACACCCCCGUCGCGAUUCCUACGUCUACCACGCCAUCGUUAGCGUUACCCUAGCCGAAGUCCAACAUAUCGUCUCCCUCGGACGUCAGAACGCUUUCCACGCCUGGUACUUCGAGCCCAAGCCCCCCAGCGAAGACGGCGGCGAUGAGGAGAAAUCCGAGCAGACCCCUUCCAGGGCGAAAUUAAGAGCUCUCCCGCCACCCCCGCGCCCGGAUAUCGACGCCUACCUCUCCAUCUUCGACCCCGCCACUUCGACCCCCGCCGCCCUCAAGACUUUCCUCUCCAACGCGAAGAAGGGCAGCCUGCGCGCCGAGAUCGCCGGCUACCUGAAUUCGAAGCGGUACCUGCACCCGGCGCUCGCGUCGCAGCUCACCAUCCCGAAGCAGAACAAGAGCAAGAACAAAAGCGGCAGUAACAGUAACAACAAUGUCCCGCCGAACCACUACCUAUCGUUCCUAAGCUGGAGCUGCCGCAACCUCGAAUGGGCCGGCCCCAGCCCCUCCUCCACCCUGGCGGGCAAUCGCUCGCACCACGUCUUGCCCGUGCUCAUGCAUCACUUCGGAUGCGCCUGCCCCAGCCACGAGGCGCUCUCGAUCCUGCGCUCGCUCGCCGCGGGCCGCGAGGUCCUGGACCUCGGGUCCGGCGGCGGCUACUGGAGCUUCAUGCUGCGGCAGUACGGCGUCCGCGCCGUGCCCGUGGACAGCGCCCAGAGCGCCUGGCGCGCGAGCUGGGUGUCCGACACCGUGAUCGCCGACGGCGCCGAGUGGCUGCGCAAGCGCCGCCGCGGCAAGAACAAGAACAAUAACAACAACAAAAAUAACAAAAGCAAAAAUAAAACAGCAACCGACAUAGACCCCGACGAAGCCGUCCUCCUCCUCGUCUACCCCAUCGUCGGGGGCGCCCUCGCCGGCGGCGAGGAAGGCGACUUCACGCGGAGCAUGAUGGACGCGUACGUGGGGGACACGCUCGCCGUGGUCGGGACGCAGAACCACAACGGGUACACGGGGUUCCGAGGCAUGAGCAUGGACGAGUACGUGGAGCGGGAGCGGGCGGGCGAGGGCUGGGUCAAGGUCGUGCAGAUCGCGCUGCCGAGCUUCCCGGGCAAGGACGAGGCGCUCUUCGUCUUCCAGCGCGGUGCCAGGGCUCCACAUACCUCCUCCUGUAUCGGUGAUACUGACGAGGCCGGUAGGGCGGACAAUGGUAGUAGUGGUAGUAGUAGUAGUAGUAGAAACAGAAAUAAAGACACUACGUGACCAUAAAUAGUCUCCUACGGAGCUCAAGG